AGGGGUCGGAGGGGUCAGAGGCGUCGCGGUCUCCGAGCGUGGAGAUGUGUCCGCGCCCGUGCGGGGAGAGGGAGUCUGGAUGCAGACGCAGUGGGAGAGUGAGGGACAGAAGGGGGGCAGAGGCCUUGUUUCCGCUGAGAAUCGGGGGGCCGAGCCCAGCGUGUGGGUCCAGAGCUGCGGGACGGGGUUUGCUUUGGUGCGGGUGGCCCCGGGAACAGCUCUGCCUGCGUCUGGUAACCAGUGCUGGGCCCAGUUCUGGCGACAAGUCAGAUAGAGUCGUAAUGGUCCUGGACUUUUUGAGCAGCUCUGUCAUCGUUAUUCCGAUAGUGACAGUCGUCACUUAAAGCAGUGUUUUCCAAACCCUGGGGCACUGUAGUCACCCAGAGAGCUCGUUGACCUGUGGCUCUCACUGGGCGGGCUAGCCUGCAGCCUCAGGUCGUGUGUCUGCAAGCUCCCAGGUGCGUGCGCGGCUCUGCCCAGCCAGGGCUCAGGGCAGCGCUGUCCGGGAGAGCUCUGCAAUGGCAGAGAUGCUUCGCUGUUACAGAAUGCUUUCCCACGGGCCGCCACAUCGCUGUAUGUGUGGCGGGCCUGGCUGCCCCGCUUCCCAGAUGAGGAAACUGAGUUUCAAUGAAGCGACACGGUUCCGAUCGUACCAGUAAGUAAUGGAAGUGGACCUCGGACCUCCUGAGUACGGGUGUUCUUCCCACUGCAUGACCCCGGCCUUCCAGGUGGCCUGCCUUGUCCUGAACCAGAGUCUUACCUCAGAACCUAGAGAAUGAUCUGGAGUGAUGCUUCUGGUUCAGGAAGAGUGCAAGUGGAAGGGAGAAGUGCAGAGACCACCAAUCUGUCCCUUUCCCCUGCUGGGCUUGUUAGCGGAGGCCCUGCCUCUCACAUCUCGGGGUGUCCUGGGUCAUCUGUUGGGCUCCAUAGGAAGCACUUCAGACUUUGCGCCUGGGCAGUUGUUGAAAGAUGGGAGGAAACUCAGAUUCGGAGCUGUGCACGCAAGUAAGGGUCGGCGGAAAGAGCAAGAAAGAACGGGGGCUGCUGAGCUGGGAGAAGGGAAGCCCAGAGGCAGUGUGCGUACGGGCACCUGCCAAGAGGAUUUUCCAUCGGGUAAAACUGGAGGGACUAGUUUUGGUAUUUCAGCAGGAAGUUUGGAGGUUAUGGAACAAAGAGCAGGUUGGGAUCCCACUUUCGAGGGGCCCCCGCAGCUUUUGAAGGGUUAGAGGGGGUGUGUGCGUGGCCUUCUCUCCUUCAGCUGUACAAGCUUCUCCCUCUGAGGCAUGACCCUUAGUGGCUUUGGUCACCAUGGCAGCUGUAGAGGACACCUGCCUUGGCUUCGGAGAGUCCCGCCUUCCUUCUGGGAAUUUACAAUCAAUCGGCCCAGGUCUGUAGGCGCCAUGGAGGACAAACGCAACAUCCAGAUCAUAGAGUGGGAGCACCUGGACAAGAAGAAGUUUUACGUGUUUGGGGUGGCAAUGACCAUGAUGAUCCGCGUCAGCGUCUACCCGUUCACCCUCAUCCGCACCCGGCUGCAGGUCCAGAAAGGCAAGAGCCUCUACCACGGGACCUUCGAUGCCUUUGUCAAGAUCCUGCGAGCCGAUGGCGUGACUGGCCUCUACCGGGGCUUCCUGGUCAACACCUUCACGCUCAUCUCCGGCCAGUGCUACGUCACCACGUACGAGCUCACCCGGAAGUUUGUCGCUGACUAUAGCCAGAGCAACACGGUCAAGUCGCUGGUGGCUGGCGGCUCGGCCUCCCUUGUGGCCCAGAGCAUCACGGUACCCAUCGAUGUGGUGUCCCAGCACCUGAUGAUGCAACGCAAGGGUGAGAGAAUGGGCCGCUUCCAAGUGCGAGCGAGCCCCGAGGGACGAGGGGUGGUAGCCUUUGGCCAAACCAAGGACAUCAUCAAGCAGAUCCUGCGGGCUGACGGGCUCCGAGGCUUCUACCGGGGGUACGUGGCGUCACUGCUCACCUACAUCCCAAACAGUGCUGUCUGGUGGCCCUUCUAUCACUUCUAUGCAGAACAGCUCUCGUACCUCUGUCCUAAGGAGUGCCCACACAUCGUCUUCCAGGCUGUCUCGGGGCCCCUGGCUGCGGCCACUGCCUCUAUCCUCACCAACCCCAUGGACGUCAUCCGCACCCGAGUGCAGGUGGAAGGCAAGAGCUCCAUCAUCCUGACCUUCAGACAGCUGAUGGCAGAAGAGGGGCCCUGGGGCCUCAUGAAGGGCCUCUCGGCCAGAAUCAUCUCAGCCACGCCCUCCACCAUCGUCAUCGUGGUGGGCUACGAGAGCCUCAAGAAGCUGAGCCUGCGGCCGGAGCUGGUCGACUCCCGACACUGGUAACCCGCGGCGGAAGCCAAGCCCACUGGUGGCCGCGCUGCUCUGGGGCAGGGGCCGUGUGGGGAGGGUGGCGCCGCCCCCCGAUGGGCUCCCCGCCACCCCACAUCCGCAGCCCUACCCCAGGGGGCCUGUCUGGGACAGGGCAGAGACGGAACGGCUCUUGCUGAAGAAGCUCCACACCGGGACCCCCUCGCCCAUUACUUUUCAUUAUCUUGCCCGACUGGGCUCCCUGGCUCAGUCCCGGUCCUCAGCCCUGGCCUAAGGAAACCCACCGUCCAGUGCCACCGCCCCACGCCCUGCGGACCCUUCUUCUGGCUUCCCCCACCGUCUGUGUCCCUGAGACCCUGACAAGAGCUGUACGUAGAGCUUGCUUCCCGUCACUGGUCUUCUCCUGGGCCCCCAGCCCCGCUCCCAUCAGCUGCCACCAGCCCUCUCCCGCCGCCUUCCCCGGGCCCGCUCGUGUUUAUCUGGGACUGAGCUGCCCACCGGACUGCUCUGCUUCUCCCUGCCGACGGGGCGCUGGGGGCGCGAGGCCAGGCACUUCCGCGCGGGGAGUAGGAACAGCGAGAACCUCUGGUGUUCCAGAGCACUUGUCCUCUCUUUGGAGAGGUAUUAGGUUGGGGACAAAUGUUGAUCCUU